CUUUCCGCAUGGUCUCAGAGGAUGAGCAGGCUCUGCGUUCUAAACUUGAGCAUCUGACUGUGAAGGAUCAUGGGCCAGUGUUUGGGCCAUGUCUGAAGCUACCUGAUCACACAGUACAGAAGGCAAAGGAUGAGUUGAACGAGACAGUGGAGAAGAGAACGUCUGCAGUAAAGGAGCUGAGAGACCUUAUCUGUGGAAAUGCUGAGAAUACGGACGACUUAUUCAUGGGCGUGAAGGAGAAAUUCGGGGACAAACCAGAUUCUCUUCUCCUGAGGUUCAUCCGUGCACGGAAGUUCGAUGUGGCCAGGGCAUACGAGCUCAUGAAGGGUUAUGUACGUUUUCGACGUGACUACCCCGAGCUGUUUGAGAAUUUGACCCCUGAGGCAGUGCGCAGUACCAUCGAGUCUGGCUAUCCACAAAUACUCAGCACCCGUGACAAAGGUGGCCGUGUGGUCUUGCUUUUCAACAUAGAGAACUGGGAUUUGGAAGAGGUCACCUUUGAUGAAACUCUGAGGGCAUACUGUGUCAUCCUGGAGAAACUUCUGGAGAAUGAGGAGACUCAGAUCAAUGGAUUUGUACUUAUUGAAAACUUCAAGGGCUUUACGAUGCAGCAUGCCGCUGGCAUCAAACACACCGAUCUGAAAAAGAUGGUGGACAUGUUACAGGAUUCAUUUCCUGCACGCUUCAAGGCUGUACAUGUGAUUCACCAGCCCUGGUACUUCACAACUACUUACAACGUGGCUAAAUCCUUCAUGAAAAGCAAACUGCUGGAGAGGGUGAGUAAACCGUGGUGUUUUUAAUGUCCUUUGCAGUCCAAAAGUAGCGAAAAGCAACUUUAUAGUCCCCUGUUCUAGCAUUAACACCUACACUCAACACUUUCAGUUGUGUUCAGGGCUUGAUUAAUGAAACUAAAAACUUCUUCUUUUUCAUUCACUUUCGCUUCAUGUUACUAUGUAAUCACUUAAAAGUGUAUCAGUAAACAAAUGCUACAACUUCCCAGAUUACACUUUAAAUUACUAAAAAAUCCUACAAAGUCUUUAAAGAUGUUUUAUUUACCUUUAUCCAAAAUGUUUAAAUAUGAGAGGUAUUCAAAUCAAACCGGGACUUUUGAUUGUGCAGAAUAACAGAACGCAGUUAUGAGAAUAAAAACUACCUUUAUUUUAUCUGAAUCGUCCCCUGCCACACUAAUGCACUUAUCCCAAUGUUUCACUAGUACUUGGUAAAAAGUUGAGUACACCAGAGCCAUGCCUAACUUAAACACUGGCCUCCCAGGAACUCAUUUAAUACCUCUUAGUUAACCUUUAAAUUCAAAAUAUCUCCUCACAAAAAAUCUUCAUGGCAACAAUUACCCAUAUGUUUACACAUUUUUGUGCACCUUCAUUAUUUAUUCCUGUGUAAGUUGUCACUACUAUAAGAAUGACUGCAUUAAUAUAAGCCUGUGACACUCCUUUCACAGCAACUAUUAUUCAGAAUUAAUUCACGCAGUCCGAUGACCAAUCGGAAUUAAUUAUUCAAUUGCAGGGGCCUUUAUUUUUAUGAUAUUUUUUCAGUUAGCUGAAAAAUCUUCUGACUGGUAGAAUUUGAAGUUCAUGUAAGAAGUAAGGAUGCAGACAUACAAACCCUCACAUGCAGUCAUACACUAUGGCCAGUUUGGAAAUGCCAAUCAGCAUACACUGCAUGCCUUUGGAGUGUAGGAAAAAACCAGAGUACCCAGAGGAAACCCCAAAAGCACAGACAGAGCAGGCAAUCCCUUGAGGUGUAAUAAUAGUUUUCAUUUCUUCUUUACUUCAUGCUCAGGUUUUAGUUCAUGGUGACGAGCUGGACGCUUACUUCAGAGACUUCAGUGCCGAAAUCCUCCCCCCAGACUUUAAUGGGAAAGGUCCUACCUGUGAUGGCAAAGAGACCGCAAACAAGCUGUUUG